CUACCGCAGUGGAAUCGCUCGAGCUGCUUGCUGUUGCCAUAGUUACACUUUCAGGCGAACACAACUUUUAUUUGUUAGCGUUUGUUCGCUGCACACCCAGUUAUAAGACGAUGUGCUUGAACUAAGACGCUCUAAUAUUUUGUUUCGAUUUCUUUUAGGAGGGUUUUAGCCCUAAUGCGGCGCGCAUGCGUUGCCCACACCCGCCUCAAGUCGCAACCGCGUACUGAGCACUUUUGUUAAUAUACUCAUUCAUAUAAACACUUGGACUGUCACAUGAAGGCGGGGCUCCCUGUAACUCCAUAGUGACGUGAUGAGGCUUGUCUUGGUCAAACCUACCAAUGAAACGGGCCUUCUUGACUCCACCGGCGAUGCGCGCAGCGAAAGAGUGCAGGAUCAUUGCAACGCAAAGCGGCACUCCGCCGCAGGUGAGGCGGGUAUGCAGCAUCGCUACUCGGGUGCCGUCCAUCACCACCACCACCACGCGGAGCACAGGGGUGGCCCUAGACAGACUGCACACCCCUUGUCAAAGCAGAGCCAAGAGACCCUGCCCAGCCCUUUCAGUCAGGAAGCACCAGUCAAAAGCCAAAGGAGCAUCCCAAGUCUCGCAGACUGUUCCAAACCCUCCCUAAGUCGGCAGCAGAGUGUUGGAGGGUCUGCCAAAACUGCGAAUUGCCAACAAGAUCAGUGUUCGUGCAGCAGCGGAUCGCUAGAGCAACAACAGCUGUUGCAGAAACAGCAGCAGCAGCAGCAGCAUCACAGCCCUCCACCUUCCCUCCAGCUACAGGUUCAGCAGCAGCGGCUGCUGAGGAACAGCCUACCCAACUGCUGUGUGAGGGCAUCCGCGGAACCGAGAAGCCAGCAGUCGUCUUUGCUGCAGCAGCACCGUGACAACGACAGCUUGAAAUCAGGCGAGCAGCGGAAUCUAGCGUGGACGCCUGAUAGAUGCCAGGGAGCCAGGAACUCCGUUUCUCCGCGGAGUAAAAGCAGCCCGCUGUCUUCUGACAGUCGCUUAUGGCUCGAGGAGAAUAAACACGGACACGAAGGCUGUAAGGUGAAUCCGGAUGCCAAAAGGCUGAGCCAUGCUGGAUCGCGGCCUUCCCUGUCCCACGGCGGCCCACAGUAUCCUCAGAUAGCCAUGAACAGCUGCAAGUACAAUGGGGGCAUAGUCAGACCACUCGGCAGUCUGGGGGCGUCCCGGAGGAACCUAGCAGAGCUGGACUCUGAGACACAGCCUUUGCAGACCCUGCACACUUCCGGCCUGGAGGUGGUGGUCUCCAAAGGGAACGGGGAAGACCCUACUAAGCAGUCCAGUGAGAACCUUGUGAGGAAAAGACCAUGCAGUGCUCCGCAUAAGAAGAACAAGGACAUUGGGUAUAAGCUUGGGCACCGGAGGGCGCUGUUUGAGAAACGCAAGCGCCUUAGCGACUAUGCCCUGAUUUUUGGAAUGUUUGGAAUUGUUGUCAUGGUGACGGAGACUGAACUCUCCUGGGGAGUUUAUACAAAGGAAUCCUCAUAUUCAUUUGCACUGAAAUGCCUUAUUAGCCUCUCCACUGUAAUUCUGCUCUGUCUGAUCAUUAUGUACCACGCACGAGAGAUUCAGCUCUUUAUGGUUGACAAUGGAGCAGACGACUGGCGGAUAGCCAUGACGUACGAGCGUAUCCUGUUCAUCGUUUUGGAGCUGCUAGUGUGUGCCAUCCACCCCAUUCCAGGUCAGUACGUCUUCACCUGGACCGCCCGCCUGGCCUUCACCUACACCCCGUCUGUGGCGGAUGCAGACGUGGACAUCAUCCUCUCCAUCCCCAUGUUCCUGCGGCUGUAUCUGAUUGGCCGGGUCAUGCUCCUGCACAGUAAGCUCUUUACGGACGCCUCGUCACGCAGUAUCGGAGCCCUCAAUAAGAUCAACUUUGACACACGCUUUGUCAUGAAGACUUUGAUGACUAUCUGCCCAGGCACAGUCCUGCUGGUUUUCAGUAUAUCAUCAUGGAUCAUUGCUGCCUGGACUGUGCACGUCUGUGAGAGAUACCAUGAUAAAGUAGAAGUCACCAGUAACUUCUUGGGAGCCAUGUGGCUGAUCUCCAUAACCUUCCUGUCUAUUGGUUAUGGAGACAUGGUGCCUAACACAUACUGUGGGAAAGGAGUGUGUCUCCUUACUGGAAUCAUGGGGGCCGGUUGCACUGCCCUAGUGGUGGCUGUCGUAGCCAGGAAGCUAGAGCUCACCAAGGCUGAAAAGCAUGUCCAUAACUUUAUGAUGGACACUCAACUCUGCAAAAGAGUGAAAAACACGGCUGCUAAUGUACUCAGGGAAACAUGGCUAAUCUACAAACACACAAAGCUUGUGAAAAAGAUUGACCAUGCCAAGGUCCGGAAACAUCAGCGCAAGUUUCUGCAGGCCAUUCACCAAUUGCGAAGUGUGAAGAUGGAGCAAAGAAAGCUGAAUGAUCAAGCAAAUACACUGGUGGACUUAGCAAAGACACAGAAUGUGAUGUACGACCUUGUCUCAGAACUUCAGGAGCGCAGUGAGGACCUAGAAAAGCGGAUCGGUCACCUAGAGGCAAAACUGGACUCCAUAAACAGCAGUCUGCAGGCUCUGCCUGGCCUGCUCUCACAAGCCAUACAGCAGCAACAGCACCACCUGCUGGACGGGCUGACCCAGCGUGGGUUCACUCUCACGCGACCCUCCUCACAGACCUCCGAACGCUCCUGGGCGUCAUCCGUACACCGACGGAGAUCACCCUCUACUGCACCACACACGUCCUCUGAUAGCGGCUAGCACGCUCUCACACACUCCAAACCAUACUCUAAACCUACACACACACUCCAACACACCUCCGUCAUCAACUAACACUGCUAAAUAUACUUUUAGUACUAAAACGUUAACAAGAAUGACAACUCCAACACACUGGAAUAAAAUGUAAUUAAUUAACACAUCAUGGUAGAGAUAUGGUUUAUGUUUAGCCAUUGUAUGGCUGUUUAAAGUUAGCUUUUUUGUAAAGCCCUUGUAUAGUAUGAACUGGAUUCAGACUGCAGGGGGUGGAAUGGAUUUAUAUAGAGAGAGAUUGUUUGGAAACAGAAUUCAAUGGAGCUAAACCCAUGGGACACAACGAGGACUGAGAAGGAAGAAAAAAUGCGAGGGAGAGGAAGUCACCAGACAGGCAGUGAUUACAGAUAUGAGCUAUGUUCUGAAUAGCUUACCAGCAUGCUACUACUUCUUACUGCAGUAUAUAUUUGUAUACAGUGUACAGUAUGCAAGUUUUCUGUAUGCAUUAAAAUGCCCUAUGACAUUUGUUAGAGAACAUUGCAUUGAAUAACAUAUCCCACAAUGCAAUGUGUUCGACUUUUCUUUUUCAGCAUUAUUUUAAGCAGUAUUUCUUAGCAUAAAACAUUUUGACAUUAAAACAAGACAAUUUUUUUUUCCCAAAAUUCUAUUAACCCUCAUGUGGUCCUUGGUCAUUUCAGACCAAAAACAUAUUAUGUUUUGAAAUGUUUGAAUUUCAGAACGGUAUAAAACUUGGUGACUUUUGUGGCACUUACAAUAUGAAAAAAAAGACAUAAUUAAAUGAAAAUUCACAUUUAUGAUCUUUGCCAAAGGAAAUGAAUGGGAAAUGCCAAAAAUAUGAACCUACAGAGCUUUUUGGAGGGGAUAUAAUCUCCAAAUCAUCAUUGGGUUAAAAUGCCAUUAAACACUUUAUUUAAGAAUAAUAUGAAAUAUUAUUUGUAAUAAUUGUAUUAAUUAUAUAGAAAUAAAUGAAUAAUUUAGAGGUAAAUUUUGUCCAAAAUACCCUCAAAAUACUAAAUAUUAAGGGAUUAAACAUUCAGUGCUAUAAGAUCACGUGGCGACAGCUACACGUUUGCAAAUUCAAUGGAAGAAGUAGUACUGUAAACAGUAUAUACUGCACAGUAUGAAGUAAGUACUACGCUGGUAUUCUAAUCCAUUAAAUAAAGGCUCAUAGAAUUGUUGUUGAAUUGUCCAGCUCACAGAAGCUGGAGAAGGGCCUUUGGAAGACUGGUAUAUAAACAAUUAGCCAGAUAUUAAGAAAAAAAACAGGCCAAAAAGAUUAAAUGUAUUGUCAAAUGGAUAUUUUUCAGACUAAAAAUUUAAGCUAGUCCAAUUCAGCUGAUAAAUGUUUCCACAUUGCAUAUUUUCUUUAUAUUAAACUGACCACAUUCAAGGUCUAAUAAAAUAAUAUGCAUUCGAUGUUUAGGAAUAAACAAUAUUCAGCACACGUUUUCCACCAGCAGGUGUGAAAGGCUGUUCAGUGCUUUACAGGAGCUGAAUAACAUUAAAUAUGAUUCCAGCAGAGCUUCCAAAGGUCUUUAAAGCUCGGGCAAUCAGUAAAACAGUCUGGGGAUGUGAUGGGAAGGGAAUACUGUAUCCUCACACGUUUCAAUGCAAAUGACGAUGGAGCUGACCUAUAGGAUGAUUUUCUCUUAAUUUUUCCUUUUUCUUUUCUCUUCUCAUUUUUUACAGAGAUUCCUUUUUUAUUAUUUACCUAGAUUUUUUAUAGCUUGUAGAGGAUAUACAAAAUGUUGAGUGGCAGCAUAUAUGAAAACAUGCAUUCCUUGAUCAAAGACUUCCAGAAAUUCACCUAAACAAAAUGUGAACCCCACACUUGGAUAUCAUUACCACUUACAUUAACCAAUUUGGUUCCCAGUUCUAGGUUUAGAAUGAAAGCAUCAAGAUGUGAUUGUCAUUACGGGUUUGAAAAACAGCAAACUGCCUUUGUGUCUUUGGCCUUGUUGACCAAGCCGUAGCUGAUCUACAUAAUGCUGGGCUCCAACAUAAAGAAAUAAAUGAACAAAUCAACUACCUGGUCACAUUGUAUUUUUAUCAGUCGUGUAUGCGUUGAACAUGUUAUAUACUUCUUAAAUGGAUUCUUCACUGUUUCAAAUCCACUAACCUUUAACUUGGUCCAUUUUAAGACAACAACAGUAGUAAUGACGCAGAAUGUGGUGCACAACCUAAGAAUAGCAGUUCCUGGAUUACUCCCAGUUAACCAUGUAUUGAACAUUUGUGUUGAAGAAAAUGGACAGUAUUUUUAGGCCACUCUGUACAAGGCCCUUUAAAGCCUGUAACACAAGUGCAUUUAUUUCUCUCAUUGUUCACUCAUUCGUCUUUUCACUGCACUGCAGAGGAGCCAAUGCUGAGCAAGUGAUCUAAUGCUAAAUUUCUCCAAAUCUGUUCUGUUGAAGGAGAAACUAAUCUACAUUUUGGAUAUUCUGACAUUUAAUGUCACGCAAAAUACAGCGAAUAACAUUGCUGUAAUGGCCCUCUAACUGUACAUUAUCUCUCACGUAUGCAGUUGUGAAAGUUGAUAUAUUCAGUCAAAGGAGAGGGUGCUGUGAUCUGGAUAAACGUGUCUCAUCUCACCCUCAUUGAUAUUCUUACUUGUAUUAUGUCUUGUUUUAGUAAUUUAGUGCUACAAAGCGCUUCAGUGACAUGCACAGCAUGCAUAAACAUGAUCAAAAUACA